AUGACAGAGAAGGACUGGCUCAACCGUUGUCUUUUUCUCGAGUCCGUGGCCGGUGUGCCUGGUAUGGUAGGCGGCAUGUUGCGUCACCUCCGUUCGCUGCGCCUGCUCAAGCGUGAUUACGGCUGGAUCCACACACUGCUUGAAGAGGCCGAGAACGAACGCAUGCACCUGCUGAUCUUUAUGAACCUUAAGCAGCCGGGCUACCUCUUCCGUGCGCUCGUUGUUGGUGCACAAGGCAUCUUCUUCAACGCCUUCUUCCUCACGUAUCUGGUGUCGCCUAAGACUUGCCAUCGCUUCGUAGGGUAUUUGGAGGAGGAGGCUGUCAAGACGUACACGCACCUGCUCAAAGACAUUGAGGAUGGCCACCUGCCCGCUUGGAAGCAGAAGAAGGCGCCGCUCAUUGCGCAGACAUACUACAAGCUGCAUGAGGACGCGUCUGUGUACGACAUGAUCAAGUGCGUGCGCGCGGACGAGUGCAAUCACCGCGACGUUAACCACACGUUCGCAAACCUAGACCAGAAAAAGGGCGUGAGUCCGUUUGUGAAUAAUCACCCCUAA